UUCACUUAAGGGACCAGGGUCUUUUUCAUUUUUCUCCCCCUCUCUUUUUCAGCCUUUCAGUGGCUGUUUCCCAGUAGCUCCUUAGUAAUUGAGGGUAAUUCACUGGGGUCACUUACCAGUAUUGUCUGAAGGCCCAGGAAUGAAUGGAAUAAUUGCCCUGUCCAGAAUGGGGAAGGAUUCUUUUUUUUUUUUUUUUAAAUCUAUUCCGAGUGUGGUCCCUGAUCCCUGAUCCCUACGGGUGGCAGCUCGGAGCAAAUUUGCAUAUUUCAGGACUUAAACCAUCUUUUUGUAUACUAAAUUAUUCCCUUCUCCUGUUCAACUGGCUAAGGGCAAAAGAAACCCACCCAGCCUCCGGUUCCUAUCAUUAAAGUUCAUGGAACGGGAAGCCUAGGAAAGCGUGUCCUUAUCAAAUUAGAAGGAUGCUAAAAGUCGGGGAUUACACCCAGGUGCCAAAGGAAAGCUCACAGCAGGCUCUCGAAGUGGUGCCAGUGCCCACCUAAGGUCAGAGACAUCUGACACUUUAAGAGUAGACCCCGCAGGAGGAUGCCUUCGGUAAUCCUAUAGACCUCAGCUUCCUCAAAGGGAUGCUCUUAGCAGAGGUUCUGAGGUCUAGUACUGAGCUCCCCUUAGAAUUUUCUCUUGCAGUUGCAAUGCUGCUUGGCCCCCAAAUUGUUUGGAAUCUGGAGUUUACUGUCAACUGGGAAAGUGGGAUAGCGUUGCAUGGAUCCCACGUGUGCUGCUGUUGUUAAGAACAAAUAGCUCCUCUUCAAAGGGUUUUGGUUCUUGGCUCUUUGUUCCAUUCUAAGAGGUCAUCUUAUCCAUUCAUCUGUUAGCCCUCCCUAUCUCUGCUGUGCCUAAACACACCCAAGAUGUCCUGUCCUGUCCUCCUCCUUUGAUGAGGUCAACAGUAGCCAAUCAGAAUUAGCCUAGAUUGUGCGGUCCGACCCCAGCCCACGGUGGAGGACCCAGGAACAGCCGUGUGCCGGGUAUAAAAACCCUCGCUCUCACUGUUUUGGCAGCUGUUCUCUGUUUUGGCUCGCCCUCCUGUGUUUUGGUAUGCUCUUCUUUGUUUUGUCGCGUUCUCCCUUGCCUCUGCUUCGAAUGCAGGAAGCGCCCUUCUAUAGAAGUAAAUUGCCUCGCUGGGAAAACUUUUGCCUGAGUGCUGAUUUCACUUUGUGGCAACGACAGUUCGUUUCUAACAAUCUGGAGGCUUGCCUGGGAUUCCCAUUCUCCUCUGCGGAAGGAGUCUCUGGUCAUCUCCCGGCGUAGACCUGUCCCACUGCCUCGUUGUGGUGGCCUCAGGGGUUCGAGAUCAAGACCCCACUUGCUGUGACGAAUAAACCUGGACUCUUAGCAACCUGAGAAGCAAAGGCUUCCUAUGAACUCCGCGGUGACCAGAAAACUCUGUGCACAGACCAAGGACUAAAGGUCUCUUGAUGCAAACCCCACCUCUUGAGUUUCCAGUCCAUCAGCACCAGCCUGGAGACUACAUCCUCAUUAAGAGCUGGAAAGAAGAGAAGCUUGAACCGUCCUGGGAGGGACCAUAUCUAGUGCUCCUAACAACUGAAACUGCAGUCCGAACUGCUGAGAAAGGAUGGACCCACCACACCCAAGUCAAGAAAGCACCGGCCCCUCCGGGGUCAUGGGCCAUAGUCCCAGGAGAAAAUCCUACCAAACUAAAGCUAAGAAAAGUUUAACUCUCUUUUCUCUAUUCUAUUACUCCUUUUUCUUUCCUUGUUCUGUUACUAGCUACCUCAUUAUUAAUGUAACUAGAUCAGACUCACCCCAGAUCAUCGCCUUUGAUGCUUGUUUAGCUGUGCCUUGUGGGGAUCUCCAAAGCCAGAGAGAGCUUGCAGCAGCAGAGAAAUAUCUCUGCCCCUCCAGAGUAGAUGCUUCCAGGUUUUUUAGGUACCCAUUAUGUCAUACUUGGGAAUAUGUUGUUUGGAACACUCAAAGUCAAGACUGGGUCCCCUCAAGGGAUUUCCCGCUAGCAGUUCUAAAGCCCUAUAUCCAUUUUACUAAAGGAAGUGCCCCUCCCGAUUGUCAAUAUAACCAAUGUAACCCGGUGCAAAUUUCCAUCACCAUCCCAACUCUCCAGGAUUCCUCCCCAACCCUAAGCCGUUUAUAUGGUAUGGGAGUAGAUGUAACAGGAAAAGACCCCAUAGGAGUCUUCAGAUUGGACUUCAUUGCACCCCCACCCGCCAAGUCCCCACCUCCAACCUCUUCUCGACCUGCCAACCAGACUGUCGUUUCAUCUCCACCCAAUGACAGGACCAAAGUGGCUAUUGUAGAGGUUAAAACUUUACAACAAACACUGGCAAUUGAGACAGGAUAUCAGGAUGUAAAUGCCUGGAUGGAAUGGAUUGAAUAUUCCGUUCGCACUCUAAACAAAAGCGACUGUUAUGUUUGUGCACGCGGUAGGCCAGAGGCCCAAAUUGUCCCCUUUCCACUUGGAUGGUCUUCUGACCAAGUGGGCAUGAGCUGUAUGGUAGCUCUUUUCCAACACCCCACAGCCUGGGGUAAUGAAUUCUGUCAAGCUCUCUCUCUGCUAUUCCCUGAAGUUCAACACUCUGUGGGUCAGCUGCCGAGGGCCAUCCAGCUUCCAUCUCCAGACACCAAUUUUACUUCGUGUCUCUCACGACAUGGAGAAAAUCUGGCGUUCUUUGGAGACCUAAAGGGAUGCAGUGAGGUGAAGCCUUUCCAAGAGCUUACCAAUCAGUCUGCCCUUGUUCAUCCCCGAGCUGAUGUAUGGUGGUAUUGUGGUGGACCCCUACUGGACACUCUGCCAAGUAACUGGAGUGGCACUUGUGCUCUAAUUCAGUUGGUCAUCCCUUUCACCCUGGCAUUUCAUGAAACAGAAAAAGAGAAACUACAACACCGUAAAACGAGAGCGGCUCCCCUUGGAUCUUUUGACUCUCAUGUCUAUAUAGAUUCGAUUGGAGUCCCACGGGGGGUGCCUGAUAGAUUCAAAGCCCGAAACCAAAUAGCUGCAGGAUUUGAAUCCCUACUUCCAUGGAUAUCUAUUAAUAAAAAUGUAGAUUGGAUAAAUUACAUCUAUUAUAACCAACAGCGAUUUAUAAAUUACACUACGGAUGCUAUCAAAGGAAUAGCUGAACAAUUAGCACCUACUAGCCAGAUGGCGUGGGAAAACAGAAUGGCCCUAGAUAUGAUAUUAGCAGAAAAAGGUGGAGUUUGUGUUAUGAUAGGAGCCCAAUGCUGCACCUUCAUUCCCAACAACACAGCUCCUAAUGGAACAAUUACAAAAGCUUUACAUGCUCUUACCUCCUUAUCAAAUGAAUUGGCCACAAAUUCUGGGAUAAAUGACCCUUUCACAGGAUGGUUAGAGAAAUGGUUUGGUAAAUGGAAAGGAUUCUUUGCCUCUAUUCUUAGCUCUCUUGCAGUCGCAAUGGCUGUGCUUGUUUUUGUUGGAUGCUGCAUUAUUCCCUGCAUUCGUGGACUGAUCCAAAGACUUGUGGAAACAGCUGUCAGCAAAAGCUUCCCUACUUCUUCCAAAUCCUAUACUGAUAAGCUCUUCGUCAUGAAAGAACUACAAAGACGAGCCAUGUUAGAUAAGUUUAAAGAAGAAAAUGUAUAAAUUCAAGAGGGGGAAAUUGUUGUUAAGAACAAAUAGUUCCUCUUCAAAGGGUUUCGGUUCCUGGUUCAUUGUUCUAUUCUAAAAGGUAAUCUUACCCUUUCAUCUAUUAGCCCUCCGUAUCUCUGCUGUGCCUAAAUAUGCCCCAGAUGUACCGUAUUUGUCUUCCCCGUCAAUCACCCACCCUUACCUCCUUUGAUGUAGCCAAUCGGAAUUAGCCUAGAUUGUGCGGUCUGACCCCAGCCCACAGGGGAGGAUACAGGAACAGGGUCUGCGUCAGGGAUAAAAACUGCUCUCCUUUGUUUUGGCAUGCUCUCCCUUACCUCUGCUUCGCAUGCAGAAGCGUCUUCUAUAGAAGUAAAUUGCCUUGUUGAGAAAACUUUUGCCUGAGCGCUGGUUUCACUUUACGGCACCGACAAUUUGUUUCUCACACUGCUGUUCUAAGCAUGGGGCCUGGUCAAUGUGUGAUUCCCUCCUUUUCUUUGGCCCCAGUCCUCUUUAGAGUCCGGGGAGUUUUGCUCUUUAAAAAUCAAACUGCCAUGAAGACUGCUUUCCCCGAAAUUUUGUUUCAUAGAUUUCAUUGGAUUAUCUAUUGGGGCAAAGUAAAACCAGCGAGCUUGUAUUGUUAUCUCAUGGCUAAAGUUCCAAGCUAUCGCAUCUGCGUUUAUGCAUGUGUAUACAUGUCUAGUUGUGUGUAUGUGUGUAUACAUUUGUUGUUACAUGUCGUGUCAACCAAAAUUGACUUGUAGGUAGAAGAGUGCUAAUAAGUAAGUCUGAGCAAUUUUCAGGUUCACUUUUCUUAAGAAUAACUUUACUAAACAAGUUAGCUUAAAAAUUAUUGGUGGAAUAAAAACAAAUGCCUUCAGAAUUGUCAACACACAUUUUGUCUGAAUUUUAUAUUUCCCUUUGCUAGAUAUUUUAAAAUGUCAUUGUUAAUUCAAGCUGGCAGCUGCUUGGAGCAAGCCUGCUUCCCAUUCUAUUCAAAGUCUCACGAGUUAAGUGCAUACCUGAUUGCCCUAUUUGGAAAGAGUAAUGGGAAAUUCAAAAGAAUGCAACCAUUUGUCUCACACCUACCUGUGAUCUGAAAGCCCCCAAGUCCCCUCCCUGCCUUAAGUUGUCCCACCUUUCCUGACCCAACCAGUGUUCAUGUUACGUAUGUUGAUCGAUGUCACCUGUCUCCCUUGUUAAAAGUAAAAAAAUAAGUACAGUGAAUGGGAUAAAUAUUUUAGGUAAACUUUUUGUGUAAAUCAAAUUCUUAAAGUUAUUUUUGACGCUCAUUUACUAUCUGAGUCAUUUCCAGUUAAAAAAGGUUGUGAUAUGGGGAAAUAUGUUUCUAAAAUUGUGGAAUUGCUCUUGUCUAUAAAUGCCCAUAUCUAAUAGUUCAGGAUUUCUUGCUUUUUAGGGUUUCAGUAAGAGUUUAAGUUACUAAGGAUAAAAAUUCUAGUUAACAUGUAAUUUCAUAUACAAAGUGUGCCAGAAAGGGUUAUGUUAUUAGUGGAAAAAAAAAGAAUAAUUUUGCCUAUUUCAGAAAUUAUCUAAAAGUUAGUUCAAAUUACAGAUCUGAAAAGAUUAUUUAUGAAACAAUAUAGCAAGGAACCAUUAAAUAGGGGAGAAAGAUGUGGACAAAGUUUAAAUAAUAAAACAUUCUUUAAGACCUGAUAAAGAAUUGGAGACAUUUGGUUAACUAACAUUUUUAUAGUUAAAGCUGUUAGUCUUGAUUAAAGUAACGAGGACUAAACUCUGAUUUUUGAAAUAGUGUCCAAAUGCCUAUCUAAGGGGUCUGAGGAGCCAUGCCCUACAAACCAUAAAAUUCUCAUCAGAUGGGUUUCAUUUAACCCUAUAUAGUGUGACUUAUUUUCCAACCUGACUCUGGCAUAACAUUACGAGACAAAGAAGAAAAUAAAAAUAUUUUUCCCCCAAAACACGUUUUUUGGUCACAUUUUGAAAUGGCCCUGAAAGCCGUCCUUUGUGGGGGGAAAUUCUCAUCUGUAAAGAAUCCCUAUUAACAUAGCUAGACCUUUUCCUUCCAGGCCUGUCCUCUCCAAUUCCAAAUAGCCACUUCUUUGGCUUUUAAAAAUUGUUUAACUUGCCUGCUUUCCAGCUAGGUAAAGGCCUGCGGACAGGUGGAGUUGGCUCUAGCUAUGCUGGGAAUAGUCAAACCUCGUCAGAACAUAACUUAACAGGUUUUAUGUUAAGAUUUGCCAUUAUAACAUGCAAUUAAGACUACUAGAAACAGUUUUAUAUGCAAAGUAAGAACAGUAGAAUGCGUUUUUUUUUUUUUUUUUUUUUUGUAAAAGGUUAUAAAAAGUUUUUAGUGCUUGAAAAUUUCUGAGCCAUUUUGGCAAAAUAAAUAAUUUAUAGUGUUCUGGAAUUCCAAAAUCAAACUUUAGUUUCAAAAUUGUCUUUCCUAAGGUCUGACUCUUUGGAUGGAUCAGAGGGUCCCUGAAAACAUCCACAAAGGAGGUAAACAGGGUUAUUUGACACGUUUAGGUACAUGGGAUUGCCAAAUGAUGUUCGAUUUUUUUGGGGUUAUAUUUUUGUGAAUAAUAGUAAUAUAUGUUCCAAAAUUAUAUGGGAUUUCUAACAUUUUAAUGUCUAAGUAUAUGCUAUCAAUUACAAUUAUGGUUAUUAUGUUAAGUUACUAUAAACCACAAAAAUAACCAAAUUUUCUUGUCAGUGCUAUGUACCUAAUCAGGAAAAACAACUGGUAUCCAAAGGAUGUAAGUCUAAUGUUAAUAAAGCAUGGCCUCGUGGAGAACCAGCAUGGCCAUCUUGUCCUUCCUGAGUCCUUGCAGCUUUUACUAUUAAAAGUUCUGCAUUCCAUGACUCACCAUGGAAAAGAUAAAAUGAUGCAAAUCGAAUACAUUGAUGUAGUGACUUAUAAAUUACUAUAAUAGUUUAUAAUCAAUGCUUGAUCACAUCUUCCUGGGAAAACAAUUAAAGCUUCAGGUAGAUUUGGUCACCUGAUGAGCCAUUUAAACAUUUUAUAAAGGGAUUUCAUUCCGUUGUUAUUUUCAGUGCACGUGUUCUGGUUGUAUGAAAGCUUUCCCAUGCAGGCGGGUUGAUGUUAUAACAGUAGAUUAUUAUGCUACAGUGUAUUUUCACCAGGUAAAAACGCUUUUUAUAGUUUGGAUCUUCUGAGAACAUCAGAGAAAGACUGUCCUUGCCAUCCACACUGCAACAAAACUUUGGGACCUUAAACUUUGGGUUCACAACCUCACAACUGAGAAGGGUCCCUCCACGCUCUUGGAGCUGUGCAGCCAUUGGAACCCUUGGGGUAAGGCUAACAGGGUGGUUUCUCCCCAGAAGAUGGAAUCCUUGAAGCAAACAGCUCUUCCCAAGUUCACAGGUUAAGGCUUCUACUAUCAUGAAACUCUUAUCUUUGAAUAUUUUCCCUUGCUUAUGCCUCUAUGAACAAUAGACAUGGAAAAGGGUCUGUUAUGUGCAGUUUUAUUUGCGAAGGGGUUUGCAGCCAGCCUUAUACAUGGAUAAACUUAUACUUUGAUGGAUAAAGGAUAAAGGUGCAAUGUAGGUUUUAAAAAAAAACUUUCAUGGUACCUCAUUAGGGUCGCCUCAUAAUCAGUCAGAAACAAAACAUUGGCUCAUUCUUCUUAACCCACAUCACGGGUUAAAGAGAACACUGCCAGGUGGCCUUCACUCUUCUACAAGGGCAUCAUUUGUUUGGCCCUUUUCCCAUGGUUUAAAGGGAAAGAAGCAAUGAUUAGAAAUGUAUUCCUCAUGAUAGGCUCUAUAGCAGAUUCUACUGUAAAGGCUACAGCUACACAACAGACUUCAAAUUCUCUUGUGAAAGUUAUGAUAGACUUGGCUGAACAAAGAAGUAUCUGUGCAGCUGCUGGCACUUGUGGCCUCUGGAGAAAUACAUUAAAUGAAGAUUAUAGAAAUUCAGUGGUAGGGGAUUAACAGAGAAACUGCUUAGUUAAGUCAUGCUUUGAUCUAUUUGAUUUCAGGAGGUUUGGUUUACGGCAACCUUGGGUAAGGAGCACACUCCAAUUUCUCACUAUUGUCCUCCCAACAGUCAUAAUAAUGGGUCUCCCUGGUAAGCUGGAUUCUCUCAAAGGUUUUGAAUGCUUGCAUGCAGCCAUCUCUAGAAUGUCACAUGGUUUCUCUUCAGCUGGAAUAACAGGAGCUGAAAGAAGUGUGUGACCAGGAAGACACCGUAUCCUAUGAAUGACAUGCUGAGACUGGAAACCCAAAAUGACGGUAACUGAGAGUGGUGUUAAGACGCUAAGUUUUGGUCACACUCUCACUUAAGUGAGAACUUAACCAAAAAGGGGGAGUUUUUUUAAACAAAAUUCUAGGAAGCCAUUGUUUUGGACUAAGCUCAUGCACUAGGCCCCAACAAACCAAACCAAACCAAACCAAAAUGGAAUCACUUGUGCUAAGGCUUUAAGGAAACACAUAGAUUCUAGAACAGACCAGGUUUUGCUCUUUUCUCCUGCAAAUCUCUAUAACAAACAUUCCUGACAGCAUAGGUAGCCACCCCCUGAAGUUCCCAUUAAAUCUUUUAACCAAAUUCAUUUCCUCUCACCUAGAGACAUCAAGCUUCAGAUGAUCAUGCAACAAAGCCUCCAGUCAGUUCCAGGUGAAGACACCACCCCGGCCAUCAAGAAGCUACCCUGCCUUCACCAGACGGAGCAGAUGAGAGUUCCUUGAUCCCCAAUAGGUACAGACUAUGCCCCAAGCCAGCAUGAAGCAGUUAUAGAAAAGAAAAAGACCACUGGUUCCUCUGCCUCCCAUAAAGAUUGAUCAUAUCUCUCAGGGAAGAGAUGAGGCAGGAAAAUAGGUUCUGGCGGCAGUGAACAUAGGUCGAUUCAUACUUCAGCUAAAACAGGAAAUAACCUCUCCAUAGGGCGUAGGCCAAGUAAAUAUCUUUGUAACUUUCCUUCAUCCUUUUCAUUUACAUAGGGUGUACCCCAAGUAACCAAUGGAAUCCUCUAGAGGGUAUUUAAACUCCCCAAAAUUCUGUAAGAGGGCCCUUAAGCCCCUAUGCUCGGACCCACUCCCACACUGUGGAGUCUACUUUCAUUUUCAAUAAACCCCUUCGUUCCUUUCUUGCUUUGUGUGUUUGGUCCAAUUCUUUGUUCAAGAAGGCAAGAACCUGGACAUCCUCCACCGGUGACAUUAUCAGCCUCACCUUUCCUGCCCAUCUGGACUCAGGAGGGUUCUGGCAGCUGGGGAGGGGUGGUCUAGGAUGAGCAUGGUUUUCAUCAGAGGCAGCAGGGAGUUGUGGGCCUGGAGCCCACUGCUGGACCCCAACACACCACACCCAGUCUCUCACCAGCCCUUGUUAAGAUCCUGUAGCUUAAGUCAUUGGCUUACGGCACCAAAAUGUAUUUUUUAAUUCUUACCCCAAACCAGUUCUGAAUAAACAGACAAUUCUCAGGGUGGUUAGCAGACACCCACUUCACCCAGCAGCUGCUUAGUAAUCACAAGCCACCUCCCAUGAAGGGGGAUCAGCUCCUGUUAUUACCCCUACAGGAAGAUCCUUCUAGAACCCCUCCAAUGGGGGACUGGUCCACACAGGACUCCAGGCUGUCAUUGAAGCUGAUAACACAGGAAGCUGGGAGACAGGUUGAGAGCCACAGGUGCAGGUGUGGAAGGAGGGGCUCUUAUUAGCUAAUGUGAGAAAGCCUCUCAGAGCCUCAAGUCCCCUUGUGGUUCCCAGAGGGGACUGUGCCCUCUCUCUGCAUCCUCUGGGCUGCAUCCCUCCCUCUGGGACUUCCCUGCGAAGUCCCCUGCACCCACCCAGGGUUGCAUAGGAUGUCUGCUGCAACCAGACGACCUCCUGCAGGGCUGGGUCUACUCACCUACUGACACAGUAGAACGCAAUCAGUCUGAAGAUGUCCUCAAACACAAGAACGGAGCCUUCCAGGUACGAUACUGGGGA